AUGGAAAUAUUGGAGAUGAAUUCCAGCUCUCUAUCCUUAAAUAAAAAUGACGGUGCCGAUUUGGACUUUAAAAAAAGAACCAUUAUUGGAGAGCUUAUAGAGACUGAGGAGGAAUUCUCAAGAGAUCUUCAAUAUGUAGUUGACAAGUAUAUGAAGGCCGUUGACAAGCCAACUGCUCCCCGAUCGGCCCGGGACAACAAAGACAUUAUCUUUUGCAAUUUUCUACAAAUUGCUGAAUUUCACAAUAUGGUGCUGAAAGAAGGCCUUAAAUGUUAUAGUAAUCAACCCAAUAUGGUAGCCAAAACAUUUUUAAGACUCGAGCGUGAUUUUGAUAAACAUGUCAAAUAUUGCCAAAAUGAGCCGCUGGCCCAAGAGUUUCUCUCCACAAAUGUGGAGAGUCAAACUUUCUUUCAGGAACUUUCAGCAAAUCUAGGUGACGAUAAAUCGCUUUCCGAACACUUGAAGCUUCCACUUCAGAGAAUCAACGACUAUAAGCUACUGUUUAAGGAUCUAAUAAAACUAUCACAAUACUUCAAAGAAAAUGUUAGGGACUUGGAGAGAGCUUUAGAACUAAUGCUUAGUGUGCCAAGUAGGGCAUAUGACAAUAUAUUUAUUUCAUGCAUUGAGGGCUAUAAAGGUAACAUUUAUAAAUUGGGCCGCUUAUUGUUGCAUGAGUGCUGCACAAUCACAGAUAAGGAUGGCAAGUCCCAUGAGCGAUAUUGUUUUCUAUUCAAGUCACGACUCUUAAUCACAAAAGUGCGAAAAAUCUCAGAGAAAAAGUCGAUAUUCAUUUUGCAAAAUAUUAUCAAGCUGCCGCUAUGCAAUAUUGAGGACAGAUUAGAGGAGAAGCAAGUCGAUCUAUCUUUAAGAGCAUCAGACGCAAUAUCAUCCGAGUUGCCAAUUUCGAUUAAGCCUCACAACGAGGACAGUCAUCGGAUCUGGUACGAAGAGAUUAGGUCAUAUAUUGAUAACGAGAUUGCACUGCAAGAGCACAAUGCAGAUGAUCUGAAAGUCGAUGCGACAAAUAUAUCAACUGAAAGCGAAUUGUUGCUGCGUCUGCCCCAUAAAAUUGAGGCAUAUGAUCCAAAUUUAGGUGUACGACCCUCUGAUGUGGCCGAAAACUACUUUUUGAGCAAGGAAACGAAAGAACGCCUUCAGCUUGAGCAUCAGCAACUAAUUCGAAUCGAACAGGAGGCUAUAGAACUAUAUAAAAGUCAACAGCAGAAUCAACAACACAAUAUUGUCACUCAGUCAAAUGUGCAGAUAAAGUCUGUCAAAGAGAAUGUAAUCCAAGCUCAUCACUCUGAGCACAAGGUGGAAACUCAAUCUCAAAGUGUCUCGAUUGUAAAAAGCAUUGAUGCCAAAACCAGUGCUAAGGAAACUAAACCAAUUAAGACCGUAAAGAUCGAAGAGAUCAAGGUACCCGUAGUGACUGAAUCUGCAAAAACUAUCAACGUAGAAAAGAAGCAGAGAAAUGAAGAAAAACCAACUGUUGAAAAUAAAAAUUUAGAUACACCAAAAAUUGAACCUGAACCAAUCGUAGUAAUUGAAACUUCAAGCGAAAAGGAAAUAAUAUCCGAUAAAAAGAAAAUUAACGUAAUUAAUGAAAUUGCAAUAGAGAAAUCGCAUAAGGUCGAAGAAGUACACGAAAUUCUAACCGAGGGUAAGAACAUUAAAGAUGAAUAUUUAGAAGAUACUCCGAUCGAUUUGAUUCCCAAUCCAACUGAAACAGUAACUGAACCUCAACCUGAACCUGCAACUGAACCUGCAACAGAUAACAAAUGCAUUAGCAUUAUUCCAACUAAGCAUAAUCCCAUCGAAUUGAAACAUAUCGUUGGCUAUAAUGAGUCCCUGCAGGAUAGUGAUAGUAGAAACGAAAACGCCCAAUCACGACAGGGUUAUCAGCCUGGUCAUGCCACUAAUAUAACCAAUGCAGCUACAUUAACCCAAUGGAAUAAUCAGCUUGCCAAUAUCGCAAAUCGCAACAAUGCCAACGGCAAUGAUCGUUCCGGUCGAGGUCAAGGUUCACCCCCUCCACCGCCUCUGCCGCCCCAUUUCGUGCGCAUGCCCGGCUUCUUUCAACCGCUUCCGCUUGUCUCGUACGAGACCACCGUAGAGAUACUAAUCAUUAAAACCCGGCCACCAUCGCCGCCUCCACCGCCGCUAACCGUUAAGCGUGUGCACGUUUACACCGAGAGUCUCGAGCAGAAGACUCAGAACUUUUUGGAGGGCAUCUACGACAUAUCGAGCUCAGAUACAUCGCUGCGCAAUGCUAAGCAAAAGAUACGAAAUAUUAAAACGACCGUUUUAAAGUCGAAAGACUCAACGAACUAUGCCCAAGAUACCGUUAAGAAAGCGAAAGCUCGCGAUUUCUCACAUAUAUUUACGCCGCCCAUUAAAAAUAAACGACCCAUUUUCGAAAUUGUCGAAGAGCCUGUUAACAUUUGCGAGCUUGAUGGCGAUUAUACUGAAUCUAUUGCUGACGAUUUCAGAGAGUCAAGUGCCGAUUUUGAAACCCGAGGCCAAAGCAUUGGCAUGGAUGAUCACUAUUCUGGGUAUUCCCUGGCUACUAAGCGGCACUACGAAAGUAAGACCAGGGAAUAUGAUAGGGGCACCUCCUAUGACAGUACUCAGGAGCAACGCUAUGGCAUAAGUUCUAGACGUGAUCGGACAACAUUGGAUAGAAACGAAGGACAUUCAUCACUUCUGGCCACCGGUCGCUCCGAGAGCCGUGUCGAGAGCCGUGCUGAGAGUCGCGCCGAGAGUCGAGCUGAGAGUCGUGCCGAGAGUCGAGCUGAUAGUCGCCUAUCGUAUUCGCAUACGGCCAAACGAUCUGCUUCCCACAUGGUGGAGGAGGGUCCACAACGGUCCGUUGAAAAGCCGAUUGUCGUUAAAAUGUUGAAAAGUGUUCACGUCGAAUCCGGAGAAAGCGCGCAUUUUGAGAUUCAAUUUAAGGAACAGCCAGGCCUGGUCACCUGGUUAAAGGACAAUAAGCCUUUGAACGAUAUCCUGGCGGAUCGCAUUAUUCAAACGAGUGCACCCAAUAAUUCAUAUCGCUUGGAUAUUAAAAACUGCAGUGAGAUGGAUGCGGGAACUUAUACAGUUCGUGCCCAGUCGGCAACCGAUACAACUAGUGUCACCGCCCAGCUGGCAGUUGGCCAAGUAAGUGGCCUUGAUGAGUCUAAAACGAAUAUUGCGCCAGCCUUUCUGGUUUCCUUGAAGGAUGCCGAAAUGAUUGAGAAUACUCUGUUUCGUUUCAUGGUCAAGAUUCUUGGCGAUCCCAAGCCCAGAGUUAAAUUCUUUAAAAAUGAGAAGGAAAUUCUUGAAAUCACUGAUCGCAUUCAGAUCAUCAGAGAUAAGGAUUAUUUGGGAUUUUAUGAAUUGGUCAUUGCUGAAGUUCAAAAGGAGGAUGCUGGAGUCUAUUCCUGCAAAGCAACCAAUAAACAUGGUGAAGCCAUCUGUGAGGCAACAGCAACCACUGUGGAAUUCAAAAAUCCAUUUGGCGCUCUAAGUGGCCAAAUUUUGCCGAGUGGCGAGAAAGCCGUUUUUUCAUGGAAACGAAAUGGAGAAGAAUUCGAUCCCGAGGAGCGAUUCAAAGUGCUCUUUGGCGAGGAUGAGGACUCGCUGGCUUUGGUCUUUCAACAUGUCAAGCCCGAGGAUGCUGGCAUCUAUACGUGUGUGGCCCAGACAACAACGGGAAAUAUAUCCUGCAGUGCUGAGCUAUCCGUACAGGGUGCUAUCCAAACUCUAAAUCGGGAACCGGAGAAACCCACUCUAGUGAUCGAACACCGCGAGGCAAACACAAGUAUCGGAGGAUCUGCCAUCCUCGAACUGCAAUGCAAAGGUUUCCCCAAGCCAGCCGUGCUGUGGAAACAUGAGGGCGAAGUCAUUAAAGUUGAUGACAGGCACAAGUUUAUGUAUGAGGAUGACGAGAGCAUGUCCUUAAUCAUAAAGGGCAUCCAAACUGAGGAUGCGGGCGAAUAUACCAUCGAAGCUGUCAAUGAGCUUGGACAGGAUCAAGGCUCCAUUAAUUUGGUUGUCAAGGCCGCUCCAAAGAUCAAGAAAAUUCAAGAUGUAACCUGCACAGCUGGUGAGACAGUGAAACUUGAAAUUGAAGUUGAGGGAUUCCCGCAACCAACGGUUAGUGUGACCAACAAUGGCAAGGAUGUGUCCAGCGAGAGCAAUGUGAAAAUCGCCUCGACUUCAGUUGGCAAAAGCACCGAAAAAGUUGUUGUCACCAUUUCUGAUAUUAAACUGUCGCAAGCUGGCAAUUAUUCGAUAAAGGCCACCAAUGAUCUGAGCCAAACUUCAGAAUAUUGGAAUUGUACCGUUAAGUCCAAGCCGAUAAUUGUCAAACACUUCGAAGAAGAGUACAUACACGGCGAAAAGGAAACCGUACAUAUGUCCGUGAGGGUCGAUGCAUUCCCCGAAGCAAAACUGACGUGGUAUCACGAUGAAACCGAAAUCAAGAUGACCGAUAAAAGAUACAGUGUGGAUUGCGAUGGCAAUACCUAUACACUGAAAAUCACCGGCACCACUCGCGUGGAUGGUGGCAAAUAUUCCGUUAAGGCGGUUAACGAACACGGUUCAGCGGAGAGCAAAACUCAGUUGCUAUUGAAAUGUGCCCCGGAACUGAAGCAGAAAUUGAAGAACAUUACGGUUACCGAGGGUGAUUCGAAUGUUGAGCUUGUUGUUGGUGUCGAUGCGUAUCCAGUGCCUCAUGUCAAAUGGUUUAUCGAUGGCAUUGAAAUUGAUUCGAAGCGAAAUGAUUUUCGUAUUUCGCAAGAUGAUAACACUUUCAAAUUGGUCCUAAAGGAAGCGGCUGUCAAUCAGCAGGGCAACUACUGUUGCAAAAUAAUGAACGAUUAUGGUGUGCUGGAGGACAGCUGUACAGUGACCGUCAACUGCAAGCCCAAAAUCAAAAGAAAGUUGAAGGAUGUCGAGGUUAAAGAGGGAGAUUCCGUAACCCUAGAAGUUGAGAUAUACAGCACCCCAGAAGCCAAUGUCAAAUGGUUUAAGAAUGGACAUGAAAUUCAUGAAGAUGCACGCAUUAAAAUCAUCCGAGAUUCGCAGCGCAUUGAAAAUUAUUAUUUAACUUUAAAUCUGUCGAAGCAAGAAGACGCUGGCACCUAUGAGGUGAAGGCAACAAAUUUCAUUGGGGAGACAACAUCAAGUUGUAAAGUCAUUGUUUUGACGGUACCCGAGAUUGUUCACAUAGAUGUCUUUCAAAUGCACAGUUUCGAGAGCCUUCCGCUUAAAUACGAAGUCAUCGCUACUGGUAUUCCAAAACCGGAAGCCGUUUGGUAUCACGAUCAGAAGCCCAUUAAAUCGGACGAUCAUGUUGCUAUAACAGUUGAUGGGGAGCAUUAUAAACUGGAAGUUAAGUCUUUGGAUCUAGCCGAUGCCGGUGAAUACAAAGUAGUCUUGAAAAAUAAAUGCGGUGAAAAAAGCCAUCAGGGAGUGCUGUCUCUCUCAGGUGUCGCUGAGUACAGGAAACCUAUACUGAUCUCCAGUUCUGGAUUGAAAGAUCUUAAACUUAAGAAGGGCGAGAGCGUUGCGGAAACAGUAAUAUUCACAGCUGAUCCAAAGCCAGAAAUUGUUUGGUUGAAGGACGGAAAACCAAUUCAGAGCGAUGAACAACUUAAACUAAAGACUGAAUCGAAGGAGCUAGAAAACGGAUUAGUACAAUACACGUGCAAUUUAAAUAUAAUGAAAGCCGACAUUAAGGACUCUGGACGUUAUGAGCUGAAAGUGAAGAAUAAGUAUGGAGAAUUAGCCACAGCUGGGUACAUAGAUGUGCUGGCCAAGCCAGAAAUUUUGGGCUUGAAGGAUCAUAAGUGUAUGCCUGGGGAUACGGUCUGCUUUGAAGCAACCAUACUUGCCAAUCCGAAACCAAAGGUCUCCUGGACCCGAGGAAAUGAGAACCUUUGCAACAAUGAGAACUGCGAAGUCAUCGCCGAUGUCGAUGGCGAUAAGUAUAGAAUUGUCUUCCAGUCCGUAGCAUCAAAGGACGACGGCAAAUAUACAGUUACGGCCAUUAAUUCCGAAGGAAGGUCUGACUGUGAAUUCAGUCUGAACGUACUUGUUGAGAAGCCUGCGUUCAUAGUUCCACCCGAAGACCAGGAAACCCACGACCUUAAAAAUGUGACAACCAAAGUGGUUGUCCAUGGAGUACCGAUACCUACUAUUGCAUGGUUUAAGGAUAACAAACCCAUUGAUCUAACGGCUACUAACAAAAAUUCAGAUGAAAAAGCUUAUAACGUUAAAUCUAAUGCGCUGGCAACCGAUCAAGUUGAUGGUGUCUUUGAAAUAACUAAAUUUAGACCCGUCGACAUUGGAACGUACACUUGCGUUGCUAAAAACGAAAUUGGCGAAACGAAAGCAACAUUUAAAUUGGAAUUGGAGUCGCUGGCACCUAAGUUUGCCAAGAAAUUGGACAAUGCCGUAGAUGUCAUGGAGGGUGAGCCUCUCCUGCUGGAGUGCACAGUGGAUGGCAGUCCCUUGCCCACAGUCCACUGGUUUAAGGACAGCGAGGAAAUCAAGCCUAGCCAAGGCGUGUUGUUGACAACAACGCCUGAAGGACUAGUUAAAUUGGAAAUCGAGCACUGUAAACCAAAUGAUUCGGGUGCCUACAAAAUAAUUAUUUCCAAUCCACAUGGCGAAAAGGUUGCACUCUGCGCUGUGGCCGUAAAACCCAAGGAAAUGGAACCGAAAUUCGUGAAGCCCAUUGAAAGCCAAACAGUGACCGUUGGAGAACCCUUAAAAUUAACUGCCCAUGUCACUGGUUUCCCAGCACCCGAAAUAAAAUGGUAUAAGGAUGGUUUGCUACUACGCCCAACCUCCGGUAUUAAUUUCAUUAAUAAUCCCAAUGGACAAAUUGGCUUGUGCGUUGAUUCAGUUGAUGGCCAGGAUGCUGGUAUCUAUAAAUGCGUAAUUGUGAAUAAGCAAGGCGAAAUGGAAGGCGCAGCCAAGGUUGAGGUAGUUGCUCGGGAAGCAAAGCCAGCAUUUGUUGCCGAGCUGCAGGAUGCAUCUAGCAUUGAAGGAUUCCCGGUUAAAAUGGAUAUUAAGGUUAUUGGUUAUCCAGAACCGAAGCUUCAAUGGUUCCACAACGGACAUGAAAUAUUGCCAGAUAACAAACAUUUUGCCAUUGUGGAGAAUCCCGAUGGCGUAUAUAGCUUAAUCGUAGACAAAACGGCGCCAACUGAUUCCGGCUUAUAUGAAGUUAUAGCACAAAAUUCGGAAGGAUCAACCGCUUCCAAGGCAAAACUAUAUGUUGCCCCCAAAACUGAUGAAACCUCAACAGAGGAAAUGCCUCAAUUCGUCUCGGGUCUUCGGGAUGUGAAUGCCGAUGAGGGUCAAGAGAUGGUGUUGUCAGCACCAUUUAUUGCCAAUCCAAUGCCAGAGAUAAUGUGGUCCAAGGAUGGCGUUCCGUUGGUACCAAGUGAACGACUAUUAAUGACUUGUGAUGGAAAGCACGCGGGUCUAACUAUAAACCCUGUGGAAACCGCCGAUUCCGGUAAUUAUGUUUGCCUGCUUGCUAAUCCCCUGGGAGAAGAUUCAUCGGCCUGUAAUGCGAAUGUUCGCAAAGUCUACAAGGCGCCGAUCUUUACGCAAAAGAUGUCGGAUCUACAGCAAGUUUUUGGCAACAAUGCCAAAAUUCCGGUUACUGUUUCGGGCGUUCCUUAUCCGGAACUCCAAUGGUUCUUUCAAAAUAAACCCAUUGAGUCUUCGGACAAAUAUUUCAUCCAUAAUGAUGGCGAUCAUCACAUACUGACUGUCAAGGAUUGCCAAGCCCCGGAUCAGGGUGAAUACAAAUGUAUUGCCUCCAAUAGGGAAGGCAAAGAUAUUACCAAAGGUCGUCUAGACAUCGUCAAUGAAGUUAAAAAACACAUGCGUUCCGAACCACCUGUAUUCCUUAAAAAAAUCGGAGAUUGCGAUAUCUAUGAGGGUAUGACAGCCAAGUUUACUGCCUGUGCUACCGGAUAUCCCGAACCGGAAGUUGAAUGGUUCAAAAAUGAUCAGAGACUAUUUCCAUCUGAGAAUAUUGUGACUGAAAAGGAACCAAACGGUCUUCUACGCCUAGCAAUUAAAAAUGUUACGGAUUUGGAUGUGGGACGCUACUCUUGUCGUAUCUACAAUCCACAUGGUGACGACAUUUGUCAUGCCGAAUUGUUCUUCGAUGUUAUAGAUUCGCAUCAGCGUCCGUUGGGAGACCAGUACUCAGACUUUAAGCAGUACAAGAAGACCGGUGCUCCGCCACCAUUGCCAGAUGCUCCGAUUAUAUCACGAAUGACCGACAGACGUCUGCGACUAUCCUGGAAACCAUCGGUUCCCUUGUCUGCUCGCUAUCCGGUCACGUUUCAGGUUGAAAUGUUGGAUUUGCCGGACGGUGAUUGGCAUACUUUAAGAACUGGCGUUCGUAGCUGUGCGUGUGAUAUUAAAAACUUGGAACCGCUCAGGGAUUAUAAAUUUAGAAUACGCGUGGAAAACAAGUUUGGUGUCAGCGAUCCAAGUCCAUAUGCUCAAACAUAUAGGCAUAAGCUUGUACCAGAGCCGGCGAAAACUUACACGUAUUUACCACCUGGUACUGACUUUAGACCAGAAACUUCACCAUAUUUCCCGAAGGACUUUGAUAUUGAACGUCCACCACAUGACGGAUUGGCCCAAGCUCCACAAUUUCUACUUCGUGAAAAUGAAUUGUCCUAUGGAGUCAAGGGUCACAACACUGAAUUAAUGUGGUUCGUCUAUGGCUAUCCUAAGCCAAAGAUGACCUAUUACUUUAACGACAUGCAAAUUGAAUCCGGUGGUCGAUUUGAUCAUAGCUACACUCGUAACGGCCAAGCGACCCUUUUCGUUAACGAUAUGUUGGAUCGCGAUGUUGGAUGGUAUGAAGCAGUCGCCACAAAUGAACAUGGUGAAGCGAGACAACGAGUUCGCCUUGAAAUUGCCGAGUAUCCAAGAUUCUUGAAGCGACCAGAUGAAACAUUCAUAAUGUCACGCAAAAAUGGACGUAUUGAAGCGAGGAUUACGGGUAUUCCAUUGCCAGAGGUCCAUUGGUAUAAGGAUUGGAAGCCUUUAGCUGAUUCUUCUCGUAUUAAAAUGCACUCCUAUGAUCCCGAUAUCUACGUACUCUCAAUCCAUGACUCAAUAAUUAAAGAUGGAGGCUUGUACUCGGUCAGCGCUAGAAAUGUAGCUGGAUCUGUUAGCACCUCGGUGACUGUACACAUUGAAGACAAUGAGGAUCAAUAUAUUUACAAGACCUAUGGCAGACAUCCAUAUGUGCGUCCGAAGCAAUUGCGCUACGAGGAUAAAUAUGAUAUUGGUGAUGAGCUGGGUCGUGGAACCCAAGGAAUUACUUAUCAUGCCGUUGAGCGUGCAACGGGCGACAAUUAUGCGGCAAAGAUCAUGUAUGGAAGGCCAGAGCUGCGACCAUUCAUGUUGAAUGAGUUGGAUAUGAUGAACAUGUUCAAUCACAAGCACCUAAUUCGUCCCUAUGACGCAUAUGAGAAUGAUCGCUGUGUAACACUCAUCAUGGAACUGGCAGCUGGCGGAGAGCUUGUUAAGGAUAACUUACUCAAGCGAAAUUAUUACACGGAGCGGGAUAUUGCCAACUAUGUCCAACAGUCGCUUUGGGGAUUGGAGCAUAUGCAUGAUGUUGGAGUCGGUCACAUGGGAAUGACGAUUAAGGACCUAUUGAUUUCAAUCGUUGGUAGUGAUUAUAUUAAGAUUUCCGACUUCGGUUUAUCACGCAAAAUCAAUAAACAUAAUCUAUCAACAUUGGAUUAUGGCAUGCCGGAAUUCGUAUCGCCAGAAGUUGUGAAUAAAGAAGGCGUAAGCUUUUCGCAUGAUAUGUGGUCGAUUGGCUUAAUCACCUACGUACUGCUUAGCGGUCGAAAUCCUUUCCUCGGUGCCGAUGAUAGGGAAACAUUAACUAAGAUUCGUGAAGGCCGUUGGGAUUUCAGUGAUCCAUUUUGGACACAUAUCUCUGAUGAUGGUCGCGACUUUAUAAGCCGUCUAUUACUUUAUAGUCCUGAAGAACGUAUGGAUGUGAAGACAGCAUUGAAGCAUCCUUGGUUCUUUAUGCUUGAUCGCAAAGCCUCAUUGGAUGACUAUCAAAUUGGAACGGAUCGUUUGAGAAAUUAUUAUGAUCACUUCAGAGAUUGGUAUGCCAAUGCGUCCUGCAAGAAUUACUUCCGCAGACGUCGCCUGAGUGGCUGCUUCCAACAUCCAUCGAAAAUGGUCUACCCAAGUGGACAUUCAUAUACCCCAGAACGUACGCCCGAACCCUUGCCGGAACCAAGAAUUAGAAGUAAACGCGAAGAUGUCGUCUCUAAAUUCUUGCAUCCAGAUUACGAGCUUGGUCUCAUACAAUCUGAGAGCCACUAUCAAUAUGGUCCCGACACGUAUUUGCUGCAAUUAAGAGAUGUUAGCUUCCCCGUUAGAUUGCGUGAAUAUAUGAAGGUGGCACACAGGCGAUCGCCAUCAUUUGCAUUAAACGAUUCAGUUGAUUGGUCGCUGCCCGUUAUUCGUGAAAGACGCCGUUUCACUGACAUAAUGGACGAAGAAAUUGAUGAUGAACGCACAAGAAGUCGCAUUAGCAUGUAUAGUGCCAAUGAUUCGUAUUCGAUUAGACGUUUGAGAACAGAGUUGGGACCCCGAUUGGAUGAAUACACCGAGGCCGAUGCGAUGCUGGAGAGUCAGCGUGGCGGCUAUCCACCGUUCUUCAGGGAGAAGCCACAAACGAUUGCCAUCACGGAUAACAAGCCGGCCCACAUACACUGCUUUGCCGUUGGAGAUCCGAAGCCCUGUGUACAGUGGUUCAAAAACGAUAUGGUUGUGUCGGAAAGCAAGAGGAUCAAGAUAACCUAUGACGAUGAUGGUCGUUCGAUACUGCGCUUUGAGCCAGCCGUACAUUUCGAUAUUGGUAUCUAUAAGGCAGUGGCCAGAAAUAAGGCAGGUCAAACUGUGGCCAGAUGUCGCAUAGUUAUUGCAACACUUCCCGAUGCACCCGACUCGCCGGAAGUAUCCGCAACGAGUGCAAGCGAAAUACUAUUGAGAUGGAAGCAACCUCGAGAUGACGGACACUCUCCAGUCUUGUGCUAUAGUCUGCAGUACAAACUGCAGACGAGCGAUGCGUGGACAACGGUUGCCGAUAAUAUUGAUCAUGAGUUUUAUUUAUUGCACGAACUCACACCCAACACCAAUUAUCAUGUGCGUCUGGCUUCGAAGAACCGCAUUGGCUGGAGUGAUAUGGGAAUUGCCGUUAAUGCAACGACUUCCGGCAAUGAUGCACCCAAAGUCCACAUUACUAAUGCCAUGAAACACUUACAACAGUUGACGGAGAAGGGUCAGGAAAUAGUUCCUGAAGAGGAGCGAGUCCAUACCGACUAUCAUUGUGAGCGUGAACCGCCCACCUGGGUAACUGAUUCCUCCGUCAGCGAUAAGUAUAGCUUUAUUUCGGAGAUUGCUCGCGGCGAGUUCAGUACGAUCGUGAAGGGAAUUCAAAAAUCGACCGAUACCGUCAUCGUUGCCAAAAUAUUCGAAGUCACUGAUGAAAAUGAGGAAGCCAUUGUCGCUGAGUUUGAUAAUUUCAAAACUUUGAGACAUGAACGUAUCCCAGCUCUGUUUGCCGCCUACAAGCCAAUGAACGUACCGAUUUCGAUAUUUGUGAUGGAGAAACUACAGGGUGCCGAUGUGCUAACCUACUUUAGCAGUCGUCACGAAUACUCGGAACAGAUGGUUUCCUGUGUAAUCACUCAACUAUUGGAUGCUCUGCAAUAUUUGCACUGGCGUGGAUAUUGUCAUCUGAAUAUUCAGCCCGAUAAUGUUGUUAUGGCAUCGGUGCGAUCAAUUCAAGUGAAACUUGUCGAUUUUGGCGCUGCAAAGAAAGUAAAUAAAUUGGGAAUAAAAAUAACACCAACUGGCAUGUUGGACUUCCAGCCCCCAGAGAUGAUUAACGAUGAGCCAGUCGUCCCACAGAGUGACAUCUGGUCGCUGGGUGUACUCACCUACCUGCUCCUGUCCGGUUGUAGUCCAUUCCGUGGCAAUGACGAGUAUGAAACUACACAGAAUAUUUCAUUUGUGAGAUAUCGUUUCGAAAAUCUCUUCAAAGAGGUUACACCAGAAGCAACCAGAUUUAUUAUGCUGCUAUUCAAGCGUCAUCCCACGAAACGACCAUUCACAGACGAUUGUCUGGAGCACAGAUGGCUUAUGUCCUCAGAUUAUAUGGUUAGGAAGCGUGAGCGCGCCAUAUUCUUAGGAAGUCGACUAAAGGACUUUAGCGAUGAAUAUCACGACCUUAAAAGCAAAUCAGCCACAACAUCCAAAUCUCUUUAUGCGGUUGAAGGCGGACCGACUCCUUCUCAACUGCUCCGAUCAAAUAGCAUUCAAGAGGAAUUGCUAACAACAUUUUAGAUAAAUAGCUAACAAAAAACCAAUGGUUGUUAUGAAUUUUCUCUGUAUUUCAGCUUACGAGUUACGAAAAUAAUAAAAAUUGAGAUACCAAAUAUUUAAUUAA